AUGUCAUUAGAAAGAGAUAACUUGGGCAUGAUGCCCAUUCCAACAACAGGAUCUGUGGACCCUCGAUCACAGUUAUUACAAGAGAUGCGGGAGCAGAACUUUGACAUGAUAAGAUUUGCUUCCUACAGGACAGCUUGCAAACUUCGAUAUGUCCAGAAAAAAUGCAAUUUACAUGCAAUAGAUAUUUGGAAUGUCAUAGAAGCAUUCCGGGAAAAUGCAUUAAACACAUUAGAGCCCAACGCUUGUGUUAAUGUAACGAGAUUAGAGACACUUGUGUCAUCUUUGUACCACAAUUUGAAUAAAAGAUUACCACCAGUUAAUCAAGUGUCCGUAGAAGCAUGUUCCGCUCUACUCUUGAACUGGCUGUUAUCAGCUUAUAGUACUGGUGAAAACGUAGGAAAGAUACGCGUGUUCUCCAUCAAGGUUGCGUUGGCUACUAUGUGUGCUGGGAAACUUAUGGACAAGUUAAGAUAUAUCUUCUCCCAGUUGUCUGAUGGCAAUGGUCAUUUGCUGAUGAAGCGUUUGUCAGAUUACCUCAGGGAGGUACUGGCUCUUCCUGCUGCCGUCUACGAAUCGCCUUCCUUCAGUUAUAAUGACAGUCUGGCCUUGUCCAUAUUCAACCAGAACAACAAAGUAACUGUGAAUGAUUUCCUGGAUACACUAAUGUCGGACCCCGGCCCGCCCUGCCUCGUCUGGCUGCCUCUCUUACAUCGACUGGCGAGCGUCGAAAAUGGUAUGUCUGAUAUUUGGAAAAGGUUUUUUCUUAUUGCUAUUUUCAGUGGUAUGGUGGGAUAUGACCCGCUACGGCCUGCAGAGUAUGCUUGUCCGUGUAUUUAUUUAAGAUCCCUAACGGGUGGGUUCAUACCGGAUAUAAUGGAGAGACUGAGUCUACGGAAAUCCCCUUCCAAGCAAAUAGGUGCGACGCUCCGUAAGUCCUUCCGUUGCGUCCCAGAGAGGGCGCGCGCUCCUUUACCGAGAUACCCCGACCAACCCGAACGUACCCUCAACCUCAGCCAUAUUGUUCCGCCAUCCCCGGUCCCGGCACACAAUGGAUUCCCGGAAUACGGUCCGGGAUACGUCAACACAGGCUCUCUGGAUAGUCGCUCUUCGAGAUCUACACAUAGAAGUAUAGCAGAUCAUCUCUCUCGUGGCGUAGAUGACGAACACAGGUUGAUAGCGAGGUACGCGGCCCGAUUGGCUCACGAAAAUCGGACAAUGCCUCGGGCGGGCAGAUCGGCAUCUCUAACUCCAGAACUGGGUCGUUCAUCUUCAGAAGGUUCAGAGGUAGACGCAGCGCGGCAGCAACGUGAAUUAAUAUCACAACUCGAAGCCAAAAAUAGAGAGAUUAUGAGGGAAAUUGCCAGGCUAAGACGUCAACAAGAAGCGGAGACAUGCUCCAACACCGGUUCAGCCCCGCCCUUGGUGUCGGAGUUACGGGCUUUGAGGCAGAGGAAAGAUGAGUUGGAAGGACAUCUCUCCUCUUUGCAGGAAUCCCGGAAACAUCUGAUGCAUCAGUUGGAAGGUCUCAUGAGGAUGUUAAAGACCCAACAAUCUUCACCCAGAUCUACGCCGAAUUCGUCUCCUCGUUCGACCAAAAGUCCUCCAUUACCUGGAUCACAGCCUUCGGCGCCUCAAGAAAGAGAAUCCACACCACGCGGCACAGUCCGUAGCGCGCCGCAGACGCCAUCUCUCGGUGAAAGGGAACGGAUUGACAUGACGCAUAGCUUAGGUGGUAUGGAUAGUAUGAGCAAUGAGAAUAGAGGCUUUCAUCAAAACCAAAGACCCACCACGAUGGGCAUAGACAAUAGAAGUCUUCGUAGUGAUCUAUUGUACGCGGCCGAUUCGGUUACAAAUGCAAUGUCAACUUUAGUAAGGGAACUCAAUUCGGAGGGUUCUGACGCUGAGGAAAAUGUCAAAGGAAAUAUGGACGCUAGGAAACGGAGAGAUUUUGAGGAAGAUGAGGACAGUGAUGAACCAAUGCCAAGACCGCAGUUGCCCAGGCAUUAUAUACACGAUAACAAUGUUCAGGACACACCUCCGCCUCUACCAGCUCGCACGGGCCACUAUUACCCAAGAACAUAG